AUGCUAAGUGCAGAAAGUGAUGAAAUAAAAAAGGCAUAUAAAGAAUUAGUAAAUAUGACACCAGCUCCAAUGAAUACAAUGCUGGAAAAGCAGCCAAGAAAUGAGGCUAUAAAGAUGAUUGAACACAAGGGAAUGGUUGUUGCCAACAUUCCACCUACUGCAG